UACGUGUCACUCUCACGUCAGCCGGUCGUUUGACGUUUGUCGAGUUGUGAGUUUAUCGUUUGUGGAAGCAGAAUAUUCUUAAAAAUCGCUUGAAAAUAGUGCAAAAUGCUGACAAAAUUCGAGACGAAGUCAGCGAGGGUGAAGGGAAUAUCAUUUCACGCGAAACGGCCAUGGGUUUUGGCUAGUUUGCACAAUGGCGUGAUCCAACUGUGGGAUUAUCGUAUGUGUACUUUAUUGGAGAAAUUUGACGAACACGAUGGUCCUGUACGUGGCAUCUGCUUCCACAAUCAGCAGCCUUUAUUUGUGUCCGGUGGAGACGAUUAUAAAAUUAAGGUUUGGAACUACAAACAGCGACGAUGCCUGUUCACACUGCUUGGUCACUUGGACUAUAUCCGUACAACAUUUUUCCAUCAUGAGUACCCAUGGAUAUUGAGUGCUUCGGAUGACCAGACAAUCAGGAUAUGGAACUGGCAAUCUCGCCAGUGUAUCAGCGUACUGACCGGCCACAACCACUAUGUCAUGUGUGCCCAGUUCCACCCGUCUGAGGAUCUCCUGGUUUCCGCCUCCUUGGACCAGUCUGUGCGGGUUUGGGACUUCUCUGGGCUUAGGAAGAAGAGUGUAGCACCAGGACCGACGGGUUUAGCUGAGCAUUUGAGGAACCCUCAGGCUACGGAUUUGUUUGGACAGUCACUGUCGAUGCAGGCGGACGCCGUAGUGAAGCACGUGCUGGAGGGCCACGACCGCGGGGUCAACUGGGCCGCCUUCCACCCCACGCUGCCGCUCAUCGUGUCGGCGGCUGAUGACCGACAGGUCAAGCUCUGGAGGAUGAAUGAUUCUAAGGCGUGGGAGGUAGACACGUGCCGCGGUCACUACAACAACGUGUCGUGUGCCCUCUUCCACGCCAAGCACGAGCUGAUCCUCUCCAACAGCGAAGACAAGUCCAUCCGCGUCUGGGAUAUGACCAAGCGCACCUGCUUGCACACCUUCCGCCGUGAACACGAACGGUACUGGGUCCUAGCAGCCCACCCCACGCUGAACCUGUUCGCAGCAGGACACGACGCCGGCAUGAUACUGUUCAAGCUGCAGCGAGAGAGGCCUGCAUACGCCGUGCACAACAACAUGCUCUUCUACAUCAAGGACAGGCAACUCCGCAAACUGGACAUGCAGACCAACCGCGACUCGCCUGUGAUGCAGAUCAAGGGUGGCGGCCGCCACCAACCUUACAGCAUGUCGCUGAACCACGCGGAGUGGUGCGUGCUGGUGAACUGGCGCGUGGGCGACAACUGCUCGUACGAGCUGUACUCGGCGCCGCGCGACCAGGCCGAGCCCGCCGCCGCAGAGCCCGCCCGCGGCACCGCCACCACCGCCGUCUGGGUCGCCAGGAACAGAUUCGCCGCCAUCGAGAAGAACAACCAGUUGGUGAUCAAGAACCUGAAGAACGAAGUGUCCAAGAAGAUAUCGACGCCGACCUGUGAGGAGAUCAUGUACGCUGGUACCGGCAUGCUGCUGCUGAGGGAGCCUGACUGCGUGCAGCUGCUCGACGUGCAGCAGAAGCGGACCAUCGCCAGCGUGAAAGUAAGCAAGUGUCGCUACGCUAUAUGGAACGCGGACAUGUCGAUAGUAGCUCUCCUGGGCAAGCACACAGUGACACUCUGUACUAAGAAGUUGGAGCAGCUGUGCACCGUGACGGAGGGGUCGCGGGUCAAGUCCGGGGCCUUCGACGACACCACGCCGCAGCCCGUGUUCAUAUACACCACCGCGAACCAUAUCAAGUACUGCAAUAGAGACGGUGACUACGGCAUCAUCCGCACUCUGGACGUGCCGGUGUACGCGGUGAAGGUGCUGGCGGACGACAGCGGCGCCCGCGUCGUGUGCCUCGACCGCGAGUGCCGGCCCAAGGUGCUCUACAUCGACCCCACCGAGUAUAGGUUCAAGUUGGCUUUGGUUACGCGCCAGUACGACCAAGUGUUGCACAUGGUGCGGACUGCCAAGCUCGUCGGACAGAGCAUCAUCGCAUACUUGCAGGAGAAAGGCUACCCAGAAGUGGCGUUACACUUCGUAAAGGACGCUCGCACGCGGCUGUCCCUGGCGCUGCAGUGCGGGAACAUCGAGGUCGCGCUGGAGGCCGCCAAGAGCCUCGACGAGCCCGCCGCCUGGGACCAACUCGCCAAAGCCGCCCUGGCCACCGGCAACCAUCAGAUCGUAGAGAUGUGCUACCAGCGUACGAAGAACUUCGACAAGCUGUCGUUCCUAUACCUGAUCACGGGCAAUCUGGACAAGCUGCGGAAGAUGAUGAAGAUCGCCGAGAUACGGAAGGACGCCUCCUCGCAGUUCCAGGGUGCGUUGCUGCUCGGAGAUGUCCGAGAGAGGAUCAGGUUGCUCAAGAACGCCGGGCAGCUGUCCCUGGCCUACCUAACUGCAGUGAACCACAAGCAGCCAGAGGAGGCGGAGCAGCUGAAGGCCGCGCUGGAGGCCGCCGGCCUGCCCAUACCGGAGGCCAACCCGGAGGCUGUGUUCCUCAGGCCACCGCUACCAGUGCUCCGGGGGCAGCCCAACUGGCCUCUACUCGCUGUCUCUAAGAGUUUCUUCGAGGUGGCGGGCGGCGCACGCGCCGGGCCCGAGGCCACGGGCGUGGCCGCCGUGGCCGCCAUCGACGAGCCGCUCGAGGCCGGCGGCGCCUGGGGGGAUGACGAUGACGUGCUCGAGACCAAGGAGGAGGCCGGCGACGAAGCUGGUGGCGACGGCGCGGCCAGCGACGGAGACUGGGAUGUGGGUGACGAUGAUCUGGAGCUACCUGAGGAGUUGGCCCCUGUCUCCGCGGACAUUGAUGGCGGCGACGAGGCAAGCCAGUACUUCGUGGCGCCCACACGCGGCGCCUCGCUUGCCCUCUCCACCAAGCUGAAGACCGCUCAUGACCACGUCGCCACCGGACAGUUCGAGAUCGCGCUCCGACUAUUGAACGAGCAAGUAGGCGUGGUGAACUUCGAGCCGUACCAAGAGACCUUCCUGGCGAUGUACGCGCGCGGCCGGCUCACCUUCGGAGCCCUGCCCAGUACACCGCCCCUGGUGGCGCAGCUUCACCGCAACUGGAAGGAGGCCUCGGGCAAGGAUCUACUGCCUGUUGUCACAUCAAAGCUGAACGACCUGGUCUCCCAGCUGCAGCAAUGCUACCAGCUGACCACCGCUGGCAAGUUCACGGAGGCGAUGGAGCGGCUGCAGCGCAUCGCGCAGUCGGUGCCGCUGCUGCACGUGGAGACCAAGCCUGAGCUGAGCGAGGCGCAGCAGCUGCUCACCAUAUGCAGGGAGUACCUGCUGGGGCUCCGCAUGGAGUGCGCUAGGAAGGCCAUGCCGAAAAACACUCUAGAAGAGCAGAAACGCACAUGCGAAAUGGCGGCUUACUUCACCCACUGCAAGCUGCAGCCCGUCCACCAGAUCCUGACCCUCAGAACCGCUCUCAACAUGUUCUUCAAGCUCAAGAACUACCGCACCGCGGCGUCUUUCGCCAGAAGACUCCUCGAGCUUGGUCCUAGGCCUGAGGUGGCACAGCAAGCGAGAAAGAUCCUUCAAGCUUGCGAAAAGACGCCCACCGAUGAACACCAGCUUCUAUACGACGAGCAUAAUCCGUUCAGCAUCUGUGGUAUUUCCUACAAGCCGAUUUAUAGAGGGAAACCUGAAGAGAAGUGCUCUCUUUGCGGUGCCACUUUCAUGCCAGAACAUAAAGGCAAGCUAUGCCCCGUCUGUGGCGUAGCGGAGAUCGGUAAAGACGUCCUAGGCCUGAGAAUCUGCCCGCUACAGUUCCAGAGAUAAAACUAUAUAGUAAUAAUAAUGUAAUUUAAUUGUAUUGAAUGGAUUUAUCAUACUGAUUAUGUAAGGUUAUAGAAUAAAGUAUUAUUGUAUCACG